AUGUCUCCCCAUGAUGCAGCACCUGAAUGCUCAAAUGCCAAGCUGCCACAGCGAAGCGGCCUUGGCAACUGCGGGUUGACAGUGGUGCGUAUCUUUGGCGUGCUAGCGGCCUUGUAUGUCUUCCUCUUUGGCCUGGACUUGAUGGGCGUGUCCUUCAAGGCUCUCGGAGGCAAGGGUGCUGGGAAGCUGUUCACAAUCACGGAAAACCCAAUCUCAGGGCUCAUGGUCGGCAUCUUGGCGACAGUGUUGGUGCAGUCCUCAUCAACUAGUACUUCGAUCGUUGUGGGUCUAGUUGCUGCAGGGCAGCUCAGCGUCCACAAUGCCAUUCCGAUUGUGAUGGGAGCUAACAUAGGCACGUCCGUGACCAACACGAUUGUCUCCAUGGCGCAUGUUGGCGAGCGCAAGGAGCUGGAGCGUGCGUUUGGUGGUGCAACCGUGCACGACAUGUUUAACAUGCUCAGCGUGAUCACCCUGCUGCCGCUUGAGGUCAUAGCAGGUGCCAUCCAGGGCGAGGGAGGUCCUAUCUACUGGCUGUCCAUGGUGAUGACAGACUCAGUUGUCAGCAAGUCGGAAGUCUCCUUCCCAUCUCCAAUCAAGGCCAUUGUCGACCCUAUUGUUGACGUGUUCCUGCACCCUGACAAAAACGUGAUCAAGGCUUUGUCGCUCGGAGCUCCAGCCCCGGUCGCCAGUUGCGACUCAGCCGAGUGUCAGAAUUACUUCUGUGUCAGCAGUGCGAUGCACAAAGCCUGGGCCAAAGUGGACGAGGUUGCCUUGUCAUCCUUGGCAACCUGUCCGCUGGAGCUCUGCUCGGAUGGCAAGUGCCUGCAAGAUGCUGCCAGGUUUUAUGCAGAGCACAUUGAGGAAGCCGAGAUCAUCCAUGAAGGCAUUCUAAAGCCCAUGGGUGAUGUUGGCGGCGGUGCUUUGGCGUUGGUUUGUUCACUGCUGGCGAUCUGCUUCGCCCUCUUUUUCCUUGUGAAGCUGCUGCAUGCUAUGGUGCUGGGCAAGGCGAAGGCGAUGAUCCUUCGAGCGACCUCGAUGAAUGACUAUCUAGCAAUGGGCGUGGGCAUGAUUCUGACCCUUGUCGUUCAGAGCUCGUCUGUGGUCACUUCAGCACUGACGCCACUCUGCGGCCUGGGCCUGAUCACGGUGAACAAAAUGCUGCCAACAACGUUGGGUGCCAACAUUGGCACUACUUUCACGGCGCUGCUAGCAGCAAUGGCCGAGCUGAAGCACGAUGGCCUGCAGAUUGCCUUCUGCCACCUGCUCUUCAACAUCUUUGGUAUCUUGAUCUGGUUCCCCACCCCGGCGAUGCGGCGCAUUGUGGUCGGUGCUGCACAGUUGCUGGGUUUUUAUGCCUCGUACUGGCGGCUGGUGCCCUUGCUGUACAUCGCCACAAUGUUCCUACUGGUGCCAGGCGUUGCUUUGGGUAUCUCACUUCUCUUCGGUGCCUCCGUGGCUGCUGGCAUUGCCACGUUGGUGGCGGCCAUCAUUGGCCUCACAGCUUUCUUGCUGUGGUGGAACAUGGGUGGCUGCUACCGCGUUGUAUCUCUGACUGAAAGGGAGGCUCGCGAGGCAGAGCUAAAGGCAGAAGAGCAGCAGGCUGCGGAGAUCAAUGCAGCAGCCGAAGUCUUGGACGGCGUUGCCGUGUGA